CCACAUUCCCACUCAUUCUUUCCCGCAACACAAUCUUCUUCUUCCACAUUUCACUCUCGUCCAUUGUUUCCCUCAUAAUCAUUUUCUCUUCUAUUACAAUUCUCUUUCCCUUUGAAACCACUUUUUUUCUUCUUCUCUUGUUUCCUUUUAUCCAUUGCGUUCUUCAUUUGCACUUGAAUUUUCCUUAGUUUGUAAAAGGGUGUAAAUUGGGGAAGAAAAUUCCAUGGAAUCUAAAUACUUUGACUCCAAUGGGGAGGUCUCACUAAAGCAAAAAUCAAAAUCCAUUUCAGCAGAGCCAACAAUCUCUACUAGUGAAUAUGAUUGCUUUGAUUGCAACAUUUGCAUGGAAUCAGCACAUGACCCUGUGGUCACUCUCUGUGGCCACCUUUACUGCUGGCCAUGCAUAUACAAGUGGCUUGAUGUCCAAAGCUCCUCUGUUGAACCGUACCAGCAGCAGACAUGCCCAGUUUGUAAAUCAGAGAUCUCUCACACUUCAGUAGUCCCCCUCUAUGGCUGCGGAACAUCGAACUCGGAAUCCAAUGCCAAGAAACUUCAGAUGAGCCUGGGAAUACCUCACAGGCAACCUCCUUGCAGCUUGAAUGCUAUGUUAACUUCUCCUCGCUCGCGGAUUUCGCAUCCUAGUCAGCAACUGCAUCCAAGUUAUUUCCAGACACAAUCAAGACCAUUUCAUUAUCAGCAGUUUUAUGGAAGUUAUGGUACCAAUGGAUUACCUUAUCUUGGAGGUGCUUCUAUGACUAGUUUCUUUAAUACUGUGAUUGAUAUGUUUGGGGAGAUGGUCUUGACAAGGAUUUUUGGGAUCUCAGAUGCAAAUUUGUUUGCAAACCCUCUUAAUGGAAGUGGAAGUUCUAGGAUGAGAAGGCAGGAAAUGCAGAUUGACAAGUCUCUGAACAGACUAUCUAUUUUCCUCCUAUGUUGCAUCAUGUUGUGUCUUCUCUUAUUUUGAGGACAUUUCAUUUCAGACUGUAUAGGCACUUAUGUGCAGCUCUGAAUGUUCAUGCUGUUAGGGAUCUACUGUAGGUUGUACCAUUAUGUAGAUAGUAGACUUUGGCAUAUAUUAUGAUUAUGUUGAUAUUGGUCUUGUUAUUUUAUGAUUAACUAUUGCAUGCAUGUAAUAACUAUAUGAAAGUUUAUGUUCCUGCUCUGAAGCCAAAUUUCCUAUAAGCCAGAUGGAGCGGUUUGUAAGAGGCUGGGUGAAGAAGAAUUCUUAGAGUAACCUGGCCUCAAACGUGAUCAUGGAAAAAUGUUCUCUCCCCUCCCUCCUUUGAAUCAAUUUGUAUUGGAACUUGUGUAUUCUUAACUAAGGCGUUUUUCAUUUUGAUGUGUUCAUCAAAGUAUGGAUGUAAAGACAUAAAGUGUGCAAUUGGUAGAUUAGCAU